CUGAAAAGACUUGUUUACGUUGAUGCUGGGCUAAAUGAUGUGUACAGACCAUCGUGACAACAGUUUUUUUUAGGAAGUAGAUUAUAUUUACCCGACGGAUUAUUCAAGAUUUUUUCAGUGUGGAAGUGAAAUCUCCCGUUUGUGAGCCGGCAUGGAAUGUGGUGGCAAGGUGACACCCCAGCUCAUGAUGGCUGUUGGGACAGCUGUAAUUGGCUCUCUCCAGUUUGGUUACAACACCGGUGUCAUCAAUGCUCCUCAGAAUAUCAUUGAGGGAUUCUACAAUGAGACAUGGAGCAACAGAUUUUCAGAACCCAUUUCUCAAACCACUUUAACAGCUCUGUGGUCACUCUCCGUGGCCAUCUUCUCUGUGGGAGGAAUGUUCGGCUCGUUCUCAGUUGGCCUCUUCGUCAAUCGGUUUGGCAGGAGGAACUCCAUGCUCAUGGCCAAUGUCUUGGCCUUCAUUGCUGCCACAUUUAUGGGCUUCUCCAAGCUGGCUGCUUCCUUUGAGAUGCUCAUCAUUGGACGUUUCAUUGUGGGUCUCUACUCUGGUCUCUCCACUGGCUUUGUGCCCAUGUAUGUUGAGGAAAUCUCACCCACAUCUGUCCGGGGAGCAUUGGGCACUCUGCAUCAGCUUGGUGUAGUGAUUGGCAUUCUAAUGGCACAGAUUUUUGGGAUUGAGUCUAUUAUGGGGAAUGCCUCCCUGUGGCCCCUGCUGUUGGGUUUUACUCUGCUGCCAGCCGUGCUGCAGUGUGCCCUGCUGCCCUUCUGUCCUGAGAGCCCCCGAUACCUCCUCAUCAACUGCAACGAAGAGAGCAAAGCCCGUAGUGUCUUAAUGAAGCUACGGGGCACUGAAGAGGUGAGUGAGGACAUGCAGGAGAUGAGGGAGGAGAGCCAGAAGAUGAUGAGGGAGAAGAAGGUCACAAUCCCUGAUUUGUUUCGCUCCCCCACCUACCGCCAUCCCAUCUUCGUUGCCAUAAUGCUGCAGCUGUCACAGCAGCUCUCUGGUAUCAAUGCUGUGUUUUACUAUUCGACUGGGAUCUUUGAGCGAGCAGGUGUGUCCCAGCCUGUCUAUGCAACCAUAGGUGCAGGAGUGGUCAACACUGUCUUCACAGUAGUUUCUUUGUUUGUGGUGGAGCGUAUGGGCAGGAGACCCCUUCACCUCAUCGGUUUGAUGGGAAUGGCAGUUUCAGCGGUUUUUUUGACCAUUGCCAUGGCAUUGUUGGACCAGCUUAGAUGGAUGUCCUAUGUCAGCAUUGCAGCCAUCUUCAGUUUUGUAGCCUUUUUUGAAAUAGGCCCCGGCCCCAUCCCCUGGUUCAUAGUGGCUGAGCUCUUCAGUCAGGGACCUCGGCCUGCUGCCAUUGCAGUUGCUGGUUUCUCAAAUUGGUCCGCCAACUUUUUAGUGGGGAUGUGCUUCCAGUAUGUUGAGCAACUCUGUGGCCCUUACGUCUUCAUCAUCUUCAUUGUCCUGCUGCUUGGCUUCUUCGUCUUUACCUACUUCAAGGUGCCAGAAACCAAGGGCCGCACCUUUGAUGAAAUUGCAGCAAGUUUCCGCCAGUCUGCUGGUGCAGGUUCUGACAAAUACUCAGCUCCCGAAGAGUUUAGCACCCUCAGGGGUGAUGACCCAGACCUUUGAAAGCUGCUACAUUACAUUAUUAUUAGUAUUAUUAUUAUGAGGUUUAGUCUUAAUACAAACUGUAAAAAAAUGAAGACACAUAACCUGACAGAGGACAUCAACACUUGUUUGUUUUCAGUGCUUACCAUAUUGAUAAUAAUGGCAUCCAGUUGACUUCUAAAAUGAAGCAAGUGACUAAACUGAGAGUGCUGUGCUGCAGCAUAAAAAACAGGAUAGAUUUAGUAUGCAUGUAUUUGGCAGUAACUUUGUUAUUCCAAACUAAAAAAAAAAAAUUAAACCAUUGGGUUAUUUGUCUUUUUUAGUAUAUAUA